UCGUCGCACGAGGACCGUGUUCCAUCCGGUUUCCUCACACCAUUUCUCCCAUCAUCCCCCCCUUUUUUUUUCUUUCGUUCACGUUUAAACACGUCCCUAAAAAAGAAAAAAAAAAAAACUUCCCCCACACACACACAUAAAAAGAAAUAAAAGUUGGCUACGAAUUGCAUCGGCCACGUGAACUGUGGGGCAAAGAAAAGGGGGGACCCCAAAAAAAAACAACAUGGCCACUCGUUCGAAACUGGUCCGAACACAACCGAAACCCUCCAGUGUGUAGUGUGUUGAUUUGUUUUCUUUAAAAAGUAAAAUCCAACACACACAGAGAAAAGUUUUAAAAAAAUUCGUCGUAAGUGUUGUGUGUGUGAGCGAGUGUGGUGUGUGUGUGUGCAGCGUGUGGAAUUUUGUGUGAGGUUGUUGUUGUUGGCUUCGGGGGCGACCCCUGUGGGAAAGAGAGAGACUGGGGCUGGUGAGUCGCGCAGGUGUGUGCGUGACUUGACAAGUGAACGACUUUCUUUUGUUUUCUUUUUUCUUUCAAAAAUACAAAAGAGCUGGGGCCUACCAAGAUGGUGCUCAACCUGUUUAAAACGUUGGCCAGCAAGAACGAAGCCGCCCACCGCACCCAAAAUCACCACCAAUCCGCCAGGGGAAAUCAAGACAUUGCGGCUGGAUAUCAACGAUCGGCAGGGACGACGGGAUCCACUUCGUCCAGCGCUGGAAGGAUUUCACGCAUGGCACGAUCGCUACCCCAACACGUGCCGGAAGUGUUGACGCGUCCCGACUCGACUUGCUCCGCCACCGCGGGCAAAGCGACGGCCCACAGUUUGACGGCCGGAUCGGCCAUGAUGAACCGCCUUCACGGAAACAUCCCGACCAGUCCCUUGCCGGGCCAACAUCAACUCUUGACGGGCUCCCUCUCGGCGCCCAGUUCGCCAUCCCAACUGGCCAAGUCGUCGUCCAUCCCGUUGAAGAUGCGACACUCUGUCGGCCGGCACAACGCGCCUCCGCCCAACAUCAUCGUCGAAAAGGGCCGCAUCGAGUUUGUUAAAAACGCCGAUCCGGCCACGUCGCCUCCAUCGCCAUUGGCUAAUGAGAAGCACAAAUUAGUGAUGGGCACAAAGAUAUUCCGGCCGCCGACAUCCUCGUCGUCCUCUUCGUCUAAGAAAUCGGUUUCGGCAACCAGCCCGGAAGCGACGGAAGAGAUGCCGCCCAAAGGCCAAACGAAAUCGAAAGACGGGAGCAUUUCGUUUCGCGAUCGAUCGGCCAGUCCUAAAUUCAAUUCGACGAGGGAAUCGACUCCGCCCUUGCCCGAUUCCAAGAUCCCGUCCGGAAUGCGCGCGGCUGCGAAGCCGAGCAGCACGCCGGACGUUGUUGGCACCAACGGCCGGAAUUUGAUCCCUCGUCCGGGUUUCAUUAAUAAAUCGCGAGAGACGAGCCCUUCGCCUCAGUCUCAGUCGAGUGCCAAAACGUUGUCGAUUCCGGCCGCUGCGUGCAAGAGUGGCGCUGGCAGUUCGUCUGUUCCGGUCAGUCCGAAUCUGAUUCGCUGGAGGGCCAAACUGUCUGGCUCGAGUGUCACCAAUCAUUUGAAUGUCGCCUCGGCCGCCAUUGGCGCUGCUGCUGCUGCUGCCUCUUCUUCUUCUAUAGCCGGAAGCCAUCCUCCUAAAAAGACUACACCAUCACCACCGGUUGGCAUGGUGAAAUUAUCUGGCAACAGUGCCAAAUCGUGUCCUUUGUCGUCGGCCAGCAAACCAACGGCCGUUGCCCAGGUGGAGGAAGAGACGCCAGCUGACGCGGACCCGACCGGUUCGACAACUACGACCGCCAGCAACAAUCAAAUGCAGCUGCUCAACUUGCACUACGAAGUCAAACGACUGGAGGAGACGGUGCAUACGCUGUUGCCAUUACGUCAUCAACAAACGGCCCUCAUCCAAUCGUACGAGGAGAGGUUGAGCGAAGCGCAGGCGCGAUUGGCCGCAGCCGAAGCGGAAGUCGUCCAGCUCAAGGAGCGGUUAUCCCGGUGCGAAGGGGCCGAAGUCGACGGCCGUCAAGUCAUCCAGCAGCUGGAAACCGACAAGGCAUCUAUGGCCGCCAAUCACGAACAGCAAAGGAUCGUGUUCGACAAGUGCCUCGACGAGAUUGCUAAUCACGUCGUUCAGGCUCUCAUCUCACAAAAGAAUUUACAAGGAGAAUGUCGACGUCUUCGAUCGCAAGUCUCCGACCUGGAACAGCGCAACGUGGCCCUGAAUUUGCUGCUGACGCAGAGCCUUCGCGAUUCCAUGUUGGAAAACAAUAAGAAACCGAUGGGAGCGGCGAUGGCGGCGGAUGGGAUGGUCAAGUCGAACUCGUACGACCUCCCGCCGGUUACGUCCAAUAGUAACCAACGCGAUUCGCUUUGUUCCACCGUCAGCGACAGCGAAAUUCGUCUCAACAGCAGUUCGUCCAUCUUUGAAACGGCGUCGGGCGUCCGUCCGCUCGUUUCCAAGGAUUCCAACUGGACUUUGUCGUCGAGCAGCUCCUCGUCUUCCACGUCGCAAGCGGCUUUGGCCGUCCAGCAAUCGGCCGAGACGAACCCGGUGGAAAGGGCCGAGAAAUUGUUGGCCGUUUUGAAGCAUCGCCUUUUCAGCGCUCAAUUGAACAGCUACAAAAGCAUCCGCACUCAGCCCAGGAAUAACGGCGACGUCCGCCGCAGUCUCGUCCUGCCCGCCCAGCAGCAGCAGGCCGAAGUGUCGUUGCCGGCCAGGCCCAGCACUCUCUCCUUUUGUCCUAGUGCCUCAGUCAGCAAUAAAGAAACGUCGGUCAUGACCGCGGCCGUCAACGAUCCGUCCACCCCGUCUGUGCGCGCUCUGGUACAAGUCCUGGAGAAACGAGUGGCUCAUCCGCUUCCGUCCAGCAGCUGCAGCAGCAGCCUGGAAAAGGCCGACAAAUCACCUCGACCUCCGCUUCCUAUUGCUCCCGGACUGGUGCGAUCCAUCCGCAAUGCGGCCGUCUCUGCGGCCGACAGCAACAGCGACAGUCCGGCCAGCAAGGAUGAAGGCUAUUCCACCAUGUCCAGUGACGUCCAGGUGGAUUCGUCGUCGUCGAGCUCGUCGUCUUUCAUCGCGUCCGGCUGCUCGUCACCGGCGACAUUGCGGCGCAGCGCCAGCGGAUCGACUCCAAAUUCGACGACGCGUUCACUGCCAAUGGCCAAACGCAAGACGCUGCUCAGUUCGUCGCCGGCCUCGUCUUCCUUGUCCGAGUCGCGCCCGCAACCCAAUCGCUCCAUUUCUCUACAAGAGACGCAUUCCGGCGCCGGACUGGAAGAGCUCAAAGAAGAGGCAUCCGACGAGACCAAUGAUGACGGCAUCGUUGGUGUGAAAUGCCCAGAGUCGUCGUCAACGCCAUCUAGCGGUCAAUUUUCAGACUACGCAGCUUCAUCUUUUAAGCGAGAAUGGCCCGGCGUCCAGCUGGGAACGCUGUGUGAAGAUUGGUCGCCCAGUUCGGUGGCCAGCGAUACUGAAGAUGUCGAAAGUGACCGAGACGGAAUCUUUUCACCUGCAAGGAACCAAGAAGAUCACAAUGCACCGAAAUGGAAGUCGGAUGAUGAGUUGUACAAAGCCGAUCAAGAGGAGGACGUCGCUGCUACCGGUGAAGAAAGUUGGAAAACGUUGGACUUGAGGAACAAAUCGCAUCAGUCGGAACACGACUCUCAGCAUCCGUUGCGCAGGACUCGGGCCCAAGUUCAACUAUCUAGCGAUGCGUCGGCUGGAGAAGAAGCCAAUCAUUCCGCUGCCGAGCCGCAAAACGAAGAGCGCGUCCCGCCCAAUUACAGCCAGCACGAAAUGGAGGACUGGAUUCUGGACGACAGAGAGCACGAACCGUCUCCUUCCGAGUCGGAAGAGACGGCAGGAGCCACGGCUUUGCCCGCCAUCAGUGAAAAUAGUUACGAGUCAGAUGGCGAUGAUGAGGAAGAAGAAGAGGAGGAGGAGUUUUUUGUUCCAGAAAUUUACAGCCCGACGUGUGAAAUGGCAACGCAGGAAGCGACUGAAAGAGAUGCCGAUGAAGAAGCGGAAGAAGAAAGUCUGGACACUGAAUUCACCCGCGACUAUUACAGACUAGUCAAAUUUGAAUCCAAUCGGAGUCUGGCCAAUUCGGAAAAGUACGACCAUUGCCCGCCGGGAACGGAGGCGGCCACAGCCGAGUCGUCUGGGCUCUUUCCGCCACCCGAUCGGCAAGUGGCUCUGCAAACGGUGCUGGAUUUUAUUGCGGAACAGCAGCGUUACUGCGCCAUUCGCGAGACGGCCGACGCUGUCACGCCCGAAUUGCCGCAUCCCAAUGGGCUGGACAAGGAGCCGACAACCGGCCAUAAUUCACUGCUGCAGUUGCGUCAUCUUCUCGCUGACGAUGACAGCUCCAGGGAGGCGGACAGCAGCGACGAUGAGGAAAGAGACGGAAGUGCUGACCUGCACACCGGAUUCUCCACUAAUUGGAUGCCCGUCCACAGCAACGGGGCGGAACUUGUCGAUCUAAGCAACGCCGAGGUGAGGGCUUCCAUGCUUGAAAAGCUGUUCAGAUCCGCUUCCACUUCUAGCAUAAACGAGUCCAGCUCUAGCGAUUCGUUCGAGGGAAAUGAUGAAAAAGAGUUCAGUCUCGACAACAGCCAGGAUUCUUGUCCGCCAUCCAUUGCCAGUCCAUCGGCGGCCGAGGAGAGCCAUUGCUGAACAGAACAAAACAAAACGAACAAUGCAAAACAAUAGAGAACCUUCAUUUUGUUUUUGAAGGGGGUGAAUCAAUUUGACAGAGAUUAAUAACGUGCUGCUAUUAAUUCAAUCAGCUUUGAUGGUGAAAAUUUUGUAAAAAAAAAAAAUAAAUAAAAAAUGUGAAAUUCAGCAAGACACAAUAACUCGUCGUCGUCUCGUCACAGGGUGCGGAGAUUGUAAUUGACAAAAAAGAAUGUACCUGUUUGUGAUUUAUUUUUCUUUCUUUUUGUUUGUUUGUCCACAUUUUGCAUUCUUGACAUGGUGUCUAGCCCGACCCUUUCAUGUUGCUCUUUUUCACUGAAUUCAAUUCAUAAUGUCUGUCGUUGUGAUAUGCGUUUUACUAUUAUUUUUGAUUAUGACCUUCUCUUUUAUAUUAACACGCCCUUCAACUGCAACCGGCUCGAGUGUACAAAAACAAAAGUCUAAUUACUGAUACAAAAAUAAGCACAAACAAUACAAACAAUUGACUGCCA